CGCUUGAAUAGUGCGACUGAAACAAUCCUCUCAUUGAAUGUUGAAGAGACAGUAGCAGAAAACGGUAAAAUGACUUCGAAAACCACAAUUAUGGAAACGUAUCGUUACCGCAAAUAAUUAUUGAGGGCAAGAACCACUUCUUAGUUUGAAGUACAGAGUAAGCUUUCUUACAUUAUCACUGCUCGACAUUGACUACGAGUACGUACGAUAACAACAUGUGAUAGAAUUUUGGUCUGUCUGUCCAUCAAAUUUAGGAUUUCCAUACGGUAGAACGGGAAUCACCCAAUUGAUUUUAAUGCUACAACAAGUUAACGUACUAUCACUGUAAGCUACUGUACUACUCGUACUCAUGCGGUGAAGAGGCAAUCCGUCAAACGUCAAGGUUGCCCUACCGUACAUUAGUGCAACAAAAUCCUCGGAAACUUCUUCAAAUCUAAUGGACAAAACUGGUGAAAAUGGAUUUGCUUCGAAAACCUGCUGGGACCGCAACAAUAAUUUCUGUUGUCAAAAAGGGAUCCCAUCGUUUGCAGUUGCUACGGUGUCGCCACCAUUCUUCUUUCAUAAGUAGCAAUGCUACGAUUGGCGGGAUCAUAACGGAUAAUAUCAGCAAUAUAUUUGGCAUUGGCUCCACAUUGCAACCGACAAGAGGUUUUGGCGUUGUCAAUGCGGCGAAUCAAAAGGGUUAUUCGACUUUUGAAAAGAGUGGUGUGAGGUAUCAUCUACGAUAUGGCUGUGGCUCGUUCAACCGCCGCUCCGUACCAAUGCAACAGCGAUUAUCACUACAGAACCAGCAAUCUCAAAGAUGGAUAUCGUCCUCGAAGGUUUUAUGCGGCGAGAAGAAAAGUGAGGACACAGACGAUUACCUUUUAUCUGUCGAUUACACAUCACCCCUAGGCGAAUUGAUUUCCAGACUCAAAAUGGUCAGCAUCACAGGAUGUUUCUUGAGUGUUUGUGUUUUACCAGCCCUAGUCUUUCUAAAGAAUGGCGACCUGCCCUCGGCACGGCAAGUGACACUAGGAACGUUUGCAACGAUUGGUGCAACGGGUUCUACUGUCGCACUACACUUUGUCUUUGGUGCCUACGUGCUUGAAAUGAAGCCUGUUACCAAUAGCAAUGACGACACAAAUGGUGACGACCAACAAAAUCCACUGUUGUUGGAAGCUACAACCAGGAGCAUCUUUGGGUUCUGGAACGACAUACACGUCUUUGAUCCCAAAAAUGAUGUCACACCCUACGUAGGUAUGAGACCCUUCGCUAAUUUUUGCGCCAAUGAAAUCCCGUUGUAUGUUCAUCCCGAACGAUUGGACUCCACUACGCGACAGCUAUUGCUCCACAACGCGGUUGGCAGCAGCAGCAGUGAGAAAUGUGACGACUCAAUGAGCAGCCAUGGUGAUAGCAUUGACAUAAAGGAUUAUCGGGACAUAAAUGAAGGGGCUUCGAGUAAGAGAAAGAAAGAAGACGAUGAGCUGUUCUAAUUUGCUCUGUAUUGCUGCACGCCGGAACUAAAAUACAGCUGAGAGCCUUUUGGACCGCCGCCUGCAGGCAUUCUUUUCAACGUUUUCAUUUUAUCAGCCUGCUUUCGACAAUUCUUCUAUGAACCCUCAUGAAGAUUUAACCGAUCGAUAAGGCUUGCAAAGUAGAUUUUGUUCUUCUAGUUGGAAAAACAUAGUUUGUGAUAUUAAUUCCGAUCACCCGAAACGCUUCCCUCCUUCUCGGAAAUCGCAUAUGGUUUCAAAACUCCAUUUGAUGAUAUUUGAUAUGUUUCAAAUUCUUCUCAUGUGCAAAGUGGAUGAUAGAGACCAAAUGGAUGAAAAGAAGAAAUGUUAUGCUUCUAGCCGAUCUAUUAUAAAAAUGAUAGAAGCAA